AUGGAUCACUUCGAUGUAUUAGAAGCCAAGUUUCUAGUCGGCAGUCUAGCCAAUGAGUCUUUCCGAGCAGGUGGCUCUGGAUCGAUGUCUACAUCUAUCUAUGACACGGCAUGGGUAUCUAUGGUAUCGAAGGAUGUUGACGGGGUUAGACAUUGGCUCUUUCCAGAAGCCUUCCAGCACAUAGUCGAUGCCCAGUCCAAAGAUGGCUCCUGGGAAUCUUAUUCGUCGCAGGUGGAUGGAAUCUUGAAUACAAUGGCGGCUCUGUUGGCCUUUGUAUCUCAUCAAAGUGCUAACAAUUCCUCCUACUUCAUUUUGCCCCCUGACAUUGAUGCACGAAUACUCAAAGCACAAGGUAGUCUUAGACAUCAAUUGCAGGCGUGGGAUGUCAGAUCUUGUGUUCAUGUUGGAUUUGAGAUUCUUGUCCCUGCGCUUUUAGGAAUGCUAGAGCAACACAAUGUCGUCUGUGAAUUUCCUGGUAAAACGCAUCUACUCCAACUGAACCAGGAGAAGCUCUCGAGAUUCCAGCCAGAAAUACUCUAUCAGAAUAUACAAGUGACUGCCCUACAUUCCUUGGAAGCAUUCAUUGGCACAAUAGAUUUCAAUCGAAUCAAGCACCACUUAAAGAAUGGAAGUAUUAUGGCCUCUCCGUCUUCAGCAGCGGCAUAUCUGAUGAAUACUUCAAUCUGGGAUAACGAAUCAGAAAUAUAUCUCAGAAACACCAUCAUUGAAGGUGCUGGAAAAGGCAACGGAAGUGUACCUUGUGCGUUCCCGACGACGUUUUUCGAGUUCACAUGGGUUGUCUCUACGCUUCUGAAAGCAGGUUAUACCCCAGAAGAAUUAGGAGAGUAUAAUCUUAGCAUAUUGGUGGACCAUCUCCAGCAAGAAUUAAGCCACAGACAUGGGGUCAUUGGUUUUGCUCCUUCAUUACUUCCCGAUGCUGAUGACACUGCGAAAUGUAUUCUUACGCUGUGCCUGGUCGGAAGAUCAGUUUCGGUAGAGCAAAUGAUAGCAAACUUUGAAGUCAAAAAUCAUUUUCAGACAUACGCGCUUGAGAGGAAUGGAAGCAUCAGUGCAAAUUGUAAUGUACUCAAUGCUUUGUUGCAUAUUAACGAGCCCAACAAAUAUGUCGGGCAGAUCCUCAGCACAACUGAGUUUUUGUGCAAUUCAUGGUCGGCUGGAAAGAUCGAUGACAAAUGGGCUCAGACAUUCAGAAAGCUUGUGAUGGUUUGGGACAGCGGAGCGUUACCCGACUUUCCAGAAGAACAAUUGAAAGACAAGAUUCCUGUAAUUCUAUUACAGAUUCUACAUCGCACAUUGCAUACUCAAAAUAGCAAUGGUUCUUGGGGUACUUCAGGCUCGUGCGAGAUAACUGCUUAUGGCAUCCUAACUUUGAUUGAUGCGACUUUCUUUCCCUGGGCCGGAGAGCUUGACAAGCACGUGCUUAGAGCCAUUCGUACAGGUCGAACUUAUUUGAAUCGGAACCGAGAUAGUUGGGAUAAAGUUACUUAUACCUGGGUUGAAAAACGACCCAUGCAGCGAAGAAAGUACCCUACGAAACUCAGCACAAUGGAACCACUUCCAAACAUCCUCGGUAUUCCCUUUGAUAGAGUUGCGAGGUUCGCCAAGUUUUUUUCUGCAAUUCCUCUCUUCGCGAGUGAGAGCUCAUGGAAGCUUACUGCCUCUAUUAUGGAAGGAUAUCUCUUUCUUCCACGGCUACGUCGAAUUCGCUUGGAUAUCUUCCCCCGCCAGAACAUGGCAGAGGAUAAAUAUCUAGAGUACAUUCCUUUCACGUGGACUGGUUGUAAUAAUAAAGGGAUAUUCCUUGAGACCGACCUAAUUUGGGAUAUGAUGGUCAUCUCAAUGUUAAAUUAUCAGGCAGACGAAUUCAUGGAAGCUGUGCUUGGACACAACGGCUCUGCGGAGCACUUAAUCCGAGGCCUGUUUUCCAAGACAACUCUUCGAAGUGAUCCUCUAUCGAGUCAGGAGAGUUCUUCGUUGAAUCGUAGCGUCAUCACACCAGUGAACUCCGAUGAUGGUUUGCCAGAUGACUCCACAAAUGAUGACAGAGACACUCUCAUCCGCUUCAAAGACCACGUUCUAAACCAUCCUUCCAUCUACAAAGCUUCAGAAUCAUCUUUAGCUCAUCUGAGCAAACAAUUGGAAGCUUUCCUGCUCGCCCAUCUCACUCAUUCAACCGACAAUUCUUGGUUCGCGCAACUUUCAGGACACGAUGCCGAUGCCCCCGUCACAUUCCCAGCAUCAAGAACCUAUUGGGAUUGGGAGACGAAACCGUUCCCCCACCGCGCUCACAAAGUAUCUUUCCGCGGAGCUGGGCCAGCAUCUCGCAGUCAUGUUGUCGCAAUGUACAACGAUUAUGGCUCGUUAGCACGCGACAAGGCGGAAAAGAACCUUAAUAGCGUGAAUUUCCCAGAGUUUGAAAAGUGCGCCGGAACUUCAACGUCUUCUGAUGCAACGGAAAAGCAGACUACGGCGGAACUGCAAGAGAGGAAAAGCGCAUUGAUGGAAAUGGCAGAAUAUGAGCGUGAAUGUCUCCUUAUCGUCAAAGCGAGAUUGAGACCUUUGGUUGAUGAGAAGGUAAGAGGCGUGCUGGAUGUCUUUGUCAAUGUGACGGAUUUGUAUGGGCAGAUCUAUGUUGCGAGAGAUAUUGCUAGUAGGAUGUCGUAG